CGAGCGGCGGCGCGGGCCGGCGCGAGCGGGCGCGGGCCGCGGGGCUGCAGAAGCCCCAAGCACCCGAGCCCCCGCCGCCGCUGAGCUUGGAAGCCGGAGUGGGAGCAGGGCCCCCGGAGGCGCCGGUGGAGCCCGACCACGACGGCCCCAGAGAGGAGGACGAGUCCAAGCUGGCGUCCGGCCUGCAGGUCCCCCUUACCUCCAGCCAGUCUGUGCAGACUUGCUGCCUGCUAUGUCACCGUGAACGGAAAGGCUGGGAAGAAGGCCCUUCACAAAAUGGACUGGUGUUGCAGGGUGAGAAGCUUCCCCCUGACUUCAUGCCAAAGCUCGUCAAGAAUCUCCUAGGCGAGAUGCCUCUGUGGGUCUGCCAGAGUUGCCGGAAAAGCAUGGAGGAAGAUGAAAGACAGACAGGUCGAGAACAUGCAGUGGCAAUCUCCUUGUCACACAYGUCCUGCAAAUCACAAUCUUGUGGAGGUGAUUCUCAUUCUUCCUCGUCCUCUUCUUCAUCAUCCUCAUCUUCCUCCUCUUCUUCCUGCCAUGGGAACUCAGGGGACUGGGAUCCCAGCUCGUUCCUGUCUGCGCAUAAGCUCUCGGGCCUCUGGAACUCCCCGCACUCCAGUGGUGCUGUGCCAGGCAGCUCACUUGGGAGUCCUCCUGCCAUCCCUGGUGAGGCUUUCCCUGUUUCGGAGCACCACCAGCACACAGACCUCACUGCUCCCCCUAACAGCCCCACUGGCCACCACCCCCAGCCAGCAUCUCUGAUCCCUUCUCACCCCAGUUCCCUUGGCUCCCCACCCCACCCACACUUGCUGCCCACCACCCCAGCAGCACCUUUCCCUGCCCAGGCUUCAGAGUGCCCUGUGGCUGCUGCUGCUGUCCCCCAUCUCCCAGGGCCAUGUCAGAGCCCCCACGUACCCUCCACCAGCAUGCCACUCCUGAAGAUGCCUCCACCAUUCUCGGGGUGCAGCCACCCCUGCAGUGGGCACUGCAGUGGGCAUUGCAGCGGGCCUCUCCUCCCACCACCAGGCUCUCAGCCACUCCCUAGCACUCACAGCAGGGAGCCUGGGUGCAAGGGGCACAAGUUUGCACACAGCGGCCUAGCCUGCCAGCUGCCCCAGCCUUGUGAGGCAGAUGAGGGACUGGGUGAGGAAGAGGAUAGCAGCUCUGAGCGAAGCUCCUGCACCUCGUCCUCCACCCACCAGAGAGACGGGAAGUUCUGUGACUGCUGCUACUGUGAGUUCUUCGGCCACAAUGCGCCACCCGCUGCCCCGACGAGUCGGAAUUAUACCGAGAUCCGGGAGAAGCUCCGCUCAAGGCUGACCAGGCGGAAAGAGGAGCUGCCCAUGAAGGGGGGCGCCCUGGGCGGGAUCCCUGGGGAGCCCGCCGUGGACCACCGAGAUGUGGAUGAGCUGCUGGAAUUCAUCAACAGCACGGAGCCCAAAGUCCCCAACAGCGCCAGGGCCGCCAAGCGGGCCCGGCACAAGCUGAAAAAGAAGGAAAAAGAGAAGGCCCAGUUGGCAGCAGAAACUCUGAAGCAGGCAAAUCGUGUUUCUGGAAGCCAGGAGCCAAGGCCUGCCAGGGAAAGGCUCUUGGAGUGGCCUGACCAGGAAUUGGAUCGAGUCAACAGCUUCCUGAGCAGCCGUCUGCAAGAGAUCAAGAACACUGUCAAAGACUCCAUCCGUGCCAGCUUCAGUGUGUGUGAGCUCAGCAUGGACAGCAAUGGCUUCUCUAAGGAGGGGGCUGCUGAGCCUGAGCCCCAAACUGUAUCCCCCUCAAACCUCAAUGGCUCCUCAGAGCAACGGCCUGACAUCAACCUUGACCUGUCCCCUUUGACUUUGGGCUCUCCCCAGAGCCACACGUUACAAGCGCCAGGUGAGCCGGCCCCACCGUGGGCAGAAAUGAGAGGUCCCCACCCACCAUGGACAGAGGUGAGGGGUCCCCCUCCUGGUAUCAUGCCUGAGAAUGGGCUAGUGAGGAGACUCAACACCGUGCCCAACCUGUCCCGGGUGAUUUGGGUCAAGACGCCCAAACCAGGCAACCCUAGUUCUGAGGAUUCAAGCUCAAAGGAGGUCCCCAGUUGCAAGCAGGAGCUGCCUGAGCCUGUGGCCACAGGUGGGAAGCCACGGAAAGGCAAAAAACAGGGUAGUCAGGCCAAGAAGAACGAGGUGAACCUGGCCUCCCAUCCUGCAGCCAACACAGAGGUUCCCAGUGCCAAGAGCCAGAUGUCUGGCCCCAAGCAACCAGGCAAGGCCCCAGAGCUUCCCAACACAGGCAGCUGUGCUGAGGCUGCAGAGGGCAGCCGAGGGAGCCGUCCAGUAUCAGGUUGGGCUGACAGCCCCAAAACUGAGAAGGAGAAGGGCAACUCCUGGCGGAACUGGCCAAGUGAGGUCAAGGCACGUCCUUCAGAGCUGGAGUCUGUACAACCCCCAGGCUCAGCAAGGCCACAGAGCUUACCCCAGGGCAAGAGCCGCAGCCGCAGGAGCCGCAACAAGCAGGAGAAGUCAGCCUCCUCGUUGGACGAUGUGUUCCUGCCUAAGGACAUGGAUGGGGCGGAGAUGGAUGAGACUGACCGAGAGGUGGAGUACUUCAAGAGGUUCUGUUUGGAUUCAGCAAAGCAAACUCGUCAGAAAGUUGCUGUGAACUGGACCAAUUUUAGCCUCAAGAAAACUGCUCCCAGCACAGCUCAGUGAGCCCUGCCUAGGUCAAGCUUCUUCAGGGCAUCCUGAGGCCCCGACUGCCAGCUGAAGGUCUACAGUUUUUCCUCCCGCGUGUCCUGCCCACCGGCCCUGACCCCUCCCUGCUCCUGCCAUCCUGGACCAACCAAACGCUGAAUGGAUGCUGUGCUGUGCUAGAGUCCCUCAGGACCUCGGCAGAGCCGCUUCCUGGUGCUAUGCAGCCUCCACACUCAGAACCUGGGGACUGGGCUGGCCUGUGCUGUGGGCCAGGGGCUGAUGGUACUGCUGGCCCAACACUGCUCUCUUUGUGUUCAGUUUUUUGUUUUUGUUUUUAUUUUAUUUUUUUUCAAUUCUUUACUUUUGAUACUGUGAAGAUCUUUCAUGCUGAAAGAUAAAGCAACAUUUGGACACAGA